CAAAUCUUAACAUGUUUGGGAGUCGGGGGCGACUAUAUUGCUGCCGUAAAAUAGAUCAACGGAUGGCGUAGAUUAGAUUAGUGCGUGUGUGAAGAGCAGCCUCGACACAUCCAAUAUGGCGGCGACGUUGACGUAUCGCAGCAGUAGGACAAACCCACUCGAUGCGGCGUCUAUCUACACCAUCGGCCAAAUCUAGCAGGCAGGACGAAGAGAGGGAAGACGAAGAAGAAGAAGGAGAAGACGGCAGAAUGACGACACCAGGAAACACAUACGACGUGAUCGUGGUCGGCGGAGGAAUAUCAGGUUUAAGUGCAGCCAAGCUGUUGAAAGAGAAUGGACUCAAUCCUGUAGUCUUGGAGGCCCGUGACAGAGUUGGUGGUCGAACCUUCACCGUAAAGAAUAAGGAGGCCAAGUGGGUGGAUCUGGGCGGGGCUUACGUGGGCCCGACGCAAAAUCGCAUUCUGCGAUUGGCCAAGCAGUACGGCAUUAAGACGUAUAAAGUCAACGAGCAGGAGAAGCUGGUGCAUCAUGUCAACGGAAAGUCUUACCCCUUCAAAGGGUCCUUUCCCCCCAUGUGGAAUCCCAUCAUCAAGUUGGACUUCAACAAUCUGUUCAGGACCAUGGACGAGAUGGGCAAGGAGAUCCCCAGAGAGGCCCCCUGGAAAGCCCCCCGUGCUGAGGAGUGGGACAAGAUGAGCAUGCAUCAGCUCUUUGAGAAAAUCUGCUGGACCAGUACCGCCCGUCGCUUUGGCACCUUGUUUGUCAACGUCAACGUGACCUCUGAACCCCACGAGGUGUCGGCCCUGUGGUUCCUGUGGUAUGUGAAGCAGUGUGGAGGAACCAUGAGGAUCUUCUCCACCACCAAUGGAGGACAGGAGAGGAAGUUUGUGGGAGGGUCCAACCAGAUCAGCGAGUGCAUGGCCAGAGACCUGGGGGAGCGUGUCAAGCUGCAGUCGCCGGUCUACAGGAUUGACCAGAGUGGUGACAUGGUGGCUGUGGAGACAACAGAUAAACAGACCUACAUGGCCAAGUAUGUGAUUGUGGCCACGCCUCCUGCUCUCAACCUGAAGAUGCACUUUAACCCUGAGCUGCCCCCGCUGAGGAACCAGCUGAUCAACCGCGUUCCCAUGGGCUCGGUCAUCAAGUGCAUGGUGUACUACAAAGAAAACUUCUGGAGGAAAAAAGGUUUCUGUGGCAGCAUGGUGAUCGAGGAUGAGGGUUCACCCAUUGGACUGACGCUGGACGACACAAAGCCUGAUGGGACCGUCCCUGCCAUUAUGGGAUUCAUCCUCGCCCGCAAUUGCAGGAAGCUCUGUGGGCUCACCAAAGAAGAGAGGUUCAAGAGGAUCUGUGAGAUCUACUCCAAAGUGCUGGGCACUGAAGAGGCUCUACAUGCAGUCCAUUAUGAGGAGAAGAACUGGUGUGAAGAGGAGUACUCGGGAGGAUGCUACACGGCCUACUUCCCCCCAGGGAUCCUCACGCAGUUUGGGAGGGUCCUGAGGGAGCCUGUGGGUAGGUUGUACUUUGCGGGGACUGAGACCGCCACUGAGUGGAGUGGCUACAUGGAGGGGGCGGUCCAGGCUGGAGAGAGGGCGGCCAGAGAGGUUUUGUGUGAAAUGGGUAAAAUCCACCGCAGUCAGAUCUGGCUGACGGAACCCCAGUCUACGGAAGUCGUGCCGCUCCCUUUCGUGACCACCUUCUGGGAGAGGAACUCGCCUUCAGUGGGCGGCCUCCUCAAGCUGAUGGGCGUCACCACUGUGGUGUGCGCUGCCACGGUGGCCGGCGUGGUAGCCUACAAGAAGGGGCUCCUCCCACAGUGUUAGCCGGCCCCUCGCCAUUUCCUGUCCGCCUGUCCAAACCGUCGUCCCGUCUAGUCACAUGUGGCUCGACACGCAUCGUGUGGCACAUGUAGCAACACGGAACUUUUGAAGUGGUUUAAAAAGAACACCUACAGUGUAGCUACAUGAGUACUAUACUGACAUACCAUGCAUCAUCUUUACUACUCCAUGCAUUGCCAAUCCUGUUUAUUUUCAGAAUUUUUUUAGCUUGUGUGCCUGCAUAAUGUCGACGAGUGUGUGUGCGCGUGUGUGUCUGUGUGUGUGUCUAAUUACCUCUGCUGAUUUUUUAGGUGCUGAUUUAUUGUGCUGAUGCAGCAUUUGUGCCAUUGCAGACAAGUCAAACAGGAGGUUAAACAAGGAGUCUGGUAGCCUACUCUUAUCAUCAUUUUUACUAUUCUCAUUGUCAACUACUCCUCAUGAAAGCAACACACUCGGCCUAAAAGUAUACACAAAAAAUAAAAUAACACAAGCACAUCUACCUCAGCCAUCUUUGGUUUUCAUUUUUAAAUUGUUUAAAUUUUUUAAAAAGGUUUAGAAUAUCCACACAACAAAAAUUCAUUGGUGUGAAAUCAUACAGUGUAUGACUAACAAACGGGAUUUUAAUUUGUAGUAAAAUGAUUUACUUGUAACUUACUAUAUAUAACGUAUAUUAUACUCAGAUAACUCUUUGUAGGGAAGUUCUAAAUAAAUAAUAUUCUUUAAACAAAACAAAAAUGUACAUAACAAUAAAUCCCAUGCAUUGAUUUUCUAUGCCGCUUAUCCUCACUAGGGUCGCGGGGGCAUGCUGGAGCCUAUCCCAGCUGACUUCGGGCGACAGGUGGGGUACAACCUGGACUCGUGGCCAGCCAAUCACAGGGCACAUAUAGACAAACAACCAUUCACACUCACAUUCAUACCUAUGGACAAUUUAGAGUCUCCAAUUAACCUAACAUGCAUGAUUUUGGAAUGUGGGAGGAAACCGGAGUACCCGGAGAAAACCCACGCACGAUGAGAACAUGCAAACUCCACACAUAGAUGUCCAACGGAGAACCCAGAUCUUCCCGAUUUCCAGACUGUGUGGCCAACAUGCUAACCAUUAGGCCACCAUGCGGCUAUUAUAAUAAAUACACAAUAAAAACAAUCUAAUGAUUUCAAUAUUCAUUAUAGUAAUUAUUACGGGUGUCAAGAGAUUAAAGAUUUCUUGUUUAGGAAAAAAAAAAAAUUCUUGCAACACGAUAAAUGAAAAUGAACUUGAUCAUUUUGCUGGCCAUGUCCGUGCGUGUCUGUUUUCCUCUUCUCUCACCUUCAAACAGGCAGGAAGAGGGUUCGCUUGUUUUCAGCCCCUGGGCGCGUUUGCUUCAUAAAACAACGGCUUGAACGAAGCGAGCCCUCUUGUCAGUCUCUUUGUUUCCGUGAGGGGAGGCGGGGCUGCUAGCGUACACACAGCAGAAGAGUGUCGCUUUGUGAGGAGCAAUGCAAGGUAACAUUUUAGAAAUUAGGAAAAGAUGCUUGCAAAUCCAAAUGUCACAGCCCUGGUGUGGGAAUAUUUCAGCUUCAAACCAAAUAAGCAAGGUGAGCAUCAACACAGACGAGCCAGUAUGCAGAAUUUGCUUGAAAGUGGCUACAAAAAGGCACCGACUCUGUUUUCCUAUGUGGAAAAAACUACACAUCGAGAUGCAGAGCCUUCGUGUUCAGAGUCACUCAUUCACUCACUCACUUGCAUUUCUUGACAAAGUAAGUAUAAACGGAACAGCGCAAAAUGGUGUGUAGUCACAGAAAAUGUACUUUGCUCCAUUGCAAAAGAGAUGCUGCUCUUUAAUACAGUCGUUCCUCACAAUAUCGUAGUUCGAUUAUCACUCCCUCACCUAAUGCCGUUUUUUUUUAAAUUAAUUAAUAAAUGAUUGCUGUUUCUUGGUAGACUAUGGUGUAUUAUUAGUGAAAACAUUGAAAUACAAGUGAUAUGUAGUAUUCUGGUCACUAGGCGGCAGUAAUGACACAAAACAUUGAGACAA